AUGCCGGAUGUGCACAUGGGCAAAGGAGUAGCCAUUGGUGCGGUUUUUGCUUCCGAGAAGUACGUUUGCCCCAACGCUGUUGGCGUGGACAUUGGCUGUGGCAUGUGUGCCGUUCCCAUCGAGGGCUUGUACAAAGAUGACUUGUCUGACGAAGACCUACACCGGCUGCAAAGUUUGAUCAAGGCCAGGAUUCCCACAUCUUUCGAUUCUCACGAUGCGCAACUGCCAUGGGCAAAAGAAACUUUGAAGGAUAUCACUAGAGAACAUCAUCCCACAGACUACUUGGCAAAGCGGAUUGAGAAAGAGCCGAAGAUCGGCCUGCAAUUGGGAACCCUGGGUGGCGGCAAUCAUUUCCUGGAAGUUGUAUACUCUGAAGGUGAUGGACAGGUCUGGUGCAUGCUCCACAGUGGCAGUCGCAAUGUGGGCAAUACAACGGCCUCAUUCUAUGAUCGCGUUGCCGGUGAAAGGGGCGUGGCAUUGAGGGGUCUUCAUGGAUCUUUGAACUACUUGGAUGUCGAAAGCAAAGACGGAAGGAGCUACUUGAAAGACAUGCAAUGGUGUCAAGCUUAUGCGCGAGAGAACAGACGCAGUAUGCUUGAGCUUAUGAUUGCCACAAUCGAAGAGGUGACGGGCAAGAAAGCGGAUUUGUCCCGCGCAGUGAAUGCACAUCAUAAUUUCUGCCAGUGUGAAAAGUGUAGCUUCUACGACUCCAGAUCUCAGCAGGUCCAGGAGAAAACGCUGUGGGUGACACGGAAGGGUGCGACAAGUGCACGAGAAGGAGAGUAUGGCAUCAUCCCAGGAAGCAUGGGAGUGGGAAGCUACAUCGUCAAAGGGCGGGGAGCUCGAGGCUCCUGGCAGAGCUGCUCGCAUGGAGCUGGCAGGACCAUGUCCCGCACGGCUGCCAAGAAGGUCAUCGCACAGGAAGCAUUUGAAGCGUCGAUGAAGGGCAUCGUUUGUGAUACACACCCUGCAGUGCGGGAUGAAGCUCCACAGGCGUACAAGGAUCUGGGUCAAGUUUUGAAGAAUCAAGCAGAUCUAGUCGAGGUGGAGUAUCGUCUUCUUCCUCUUGUCAAUGUGAAAGGCUUUGAAGAAAAGAGCUGCCGGCCACUCGAUGGCUUAGGACAGCGCAGUGCUGAUCAAGGGCGUUCCACAGAACUUGUGGAAGUGGUAAUGAGCAUUGCAGAUAUGAAGCUCAAAGUGGGAGGAAGCAUGGUUGCCAAGCAUUUUGAAGGAGCAUCUACCACCGACUUGAUUGGAAAAAUGAAAGCUCGCUUUGAGCAGUGCCGAAUUAUCAAGACCCGGGCAUCAAGGAUCCAGUCCUGUGAGCUGUACCUUUGCUGCUUGGGCAAGAAGCCCAUUAACAUGGAGGCUCCUGCAACUUGGAAAGCUCCGCAAAGAACUCGGAGGACACCCAAGAAACCUGUACCACGGACCUUCAACGGUUGGUAG